AUGAUAAAAAACCGGGGAAAUAGUAUCAGAACGAAAGAUGAGGAUGGAUACACGAGGAGAGCAGGAUGUGUCUGCUUCAGAACUGAUCAGGAAAAAGAGGUUCGACACAUUUGGUUACUUCACAUGGCAGAACACAUGUCUCGACCGGCCGUCAGGCCAGACACUGUAAUGCUGAUGUUUGUUCAUUGUAGGUCCUAUUAAUUUCAAGCUCUCGGCAUCCUGGUCGGUGGGUUGUUCCAUCUGGAGGAGUUGAACCUGGCGAAGAACCAAAAGAGGCGGCAGUUCGCGAAGUUGUGGAAGAAGUUAGUGACAGACUUUUUCGUUAAGCUGAGCUGCGUUAAUAAGACAAAGCCUUAUCACAUAGGACUGUGUUUGCGUUUGGUUUUUUCUUUUAAUUCGUUCAGGUUUCGGCGUUAUUUGUUAACGUUUAGUCUGUUGUUUGAUUGUGGUAUUUCUUAUCUCUAGGCUGGUGUUCGAGGCAAGCUUGGACGUUUUCUGGGCGAGUUUCAGGUGUGAAUAUUCCCUUUGUGGUAAAACAGUCGUAACCAAUGCUUUUGUUUGCCUGGCCCUUUAGAGAAUUGUUGUGUUUAGACUAACCUACCUUUCGCCUUUUAGAAUGAUGCUAACCAAAGUCGGACCGCUGUAUAUGUGCUUAUUGUGACAGAAGAACUAGAAAGAUGGCAGGAAGGUAGGUUCUGUUUAUUACAAUUCCCGCUGUUUAUAGCGCAAAAGCAUUUACGACUCAAG